AUGGAGGCGCUGCGCACUUUCCUUCUCGCCGAGGAGAGGCCUGACCGCGACCCCACCCUCGCCAUGAAAGUGGGCGGGCACGUGUUGGUGCCCACGAGGUUCAACAAGCCGAGCCACUGCGACCACUGCGGCCUCAUGAUUUGGGGCCUCAUCGGGAAGCAGGGACUCAGCUGCACCGAGUGCCGCUACAAGUGUCACUACGAGUGCGAGGAGAAGACCACCAAGCUCUGCAAGGAGACCACCGCACACCCGCCCGUCCCCGGCCUCGCCGCUCCCGGAGUGCACGAGUUCGCUUCGAUCGAUCUGUACGCCAAGGGGCUGCUGCUGGGGGACAUCCUCUACUGCAACGUGUGCCGGCGCAGCAUCCUCAACGCCCUCGGCGGCCUCCAGUGCGUGGACAAGGCCGACGUAAACUGCGUGAUUCCGUUCCUCCCACAAACCGCCGAUAAGGCUGACGAGAACGACGACCUUCCUGAGACGGUGCCCCUGCCGAGUGAAUUCCUGCAGGACCAGCAGAAAUCGAUCCCGGCACCAUCCGCGAAGCCCGCCGACGACGACGAAGAAGAAGAGGAGCAAGAGGCACGUGAUGGCAAUGGCGAAAAAGAAAAGGAAAAGGAAAAAGAAAUAGAAAAGAAGAAGAGCCGGUCGGCCAGGCGUCGGGACUCGAAGCGGAAGACGAAGGCCAAGCACGAGCGACUCGGGCGGCCGAUCGACACCGGGGUCGAGGAGUGGGAGCGGAGCCCGAAGGCCGGUCCCACGGUCCUCGCAACGUGGCCCCACCACUGGGUGGAGGGCAAUCUGCCCUCGAGCGCCCUCUGCAUGUUCUGCGCCGAAUCCAUCACCUCAGGCAGCAAGAUGUCGGGCUAUCGGUGCUAUUGGUGCGGCGGCAUGGUGCAUUCGGAGUGUCGCCGGCUGAGCACCGUCUGCACGUUCGGCAAGCGCGCGGACAUCAUCCUUCCACCCUUCUGCAUUUCUCCAUACCAAGAUUCCGCUCGCCCUCACAUCGCUUGGAAGAUUCACCCGGAAAAGCUGCCGGCGGUGUGCCAGCGUCCCCUGUUGGUGUUUAUCAACCCGCGGUCCGGCGGGCAGCAGGGAGAGCUCAUCAUCCGGGGCCUCAAGUCCCUCAUCAACCCCCUCCAGAUAUUCGAUCUCCGCAACGGCGGACCCAAGCCCGGGCUAGAGACGUUCGGGGCGCUGGUGGAGGCCGGACGCGACUUUGCGAUCCUGGGGUGCGGAGGCGACGGCACCAUCGGCUGGAUCUGCUCCGAGCUCGACAAGACUGGCUGGCCCGUCGAGCGGAUGCCUUCCGAGCUGCUGGAGGAGAUCGAGCGGGCGCACACGGUGUUGCUGGACCGCUGGCGGAUCACCAUCACGCGCACCCAUCAUCGUGACGCCGACGAGAAGGAAAUCGACAGCCUCGACCUCGCCGAAGAGCUCCCGGGCGAGAGCCUCCAGAAGGUCUACAUCGCCAACAACUACUUCAGCGUCGGCAUCGACGCCAAGGUGGCGCUUGAGUUUCACUUGGCUCGCGAGAGUCGCCCGGAGCGGUUCACCAGCCGCGGAGUCAACAAACUCAAGUAUUUCGAGCUGGGCGCGGCGGCGCUGUUCGACGGGUGCGCGGGCCUGAGCAAGAACCUCACGCUCGAGGUGGACGGGUGCGAGAUUGCGAUCCCGCGCUCGGUGGAGGGCGUCAUCGUGACCAACCUCCCCAGCUGGGCCGGCGGCACCAACCUAUGGGACCCGCCCGAGGAGGGCUCGAAGCCAAUCUCGCACAGCGAUCGCAUGAUCGAGGUGGUGGGCCUCAAGGGCGCAGCGCACUUGGGCAUGAUCAAGGCCAAGCAGACCCUUCUCAGCGGCGGACCCAUCCAACUCGCCCAAGGCCGAGAGGUGAGCCUCACGUUGAAGGAGCAGGCGGUGCCGGUGCAGGUGGACGGAGAGCCGUGGCUGCAGCAGCCGUGCACGAUCCGGAUCGUGCACCACAGCCAGGUGCCCAUGCUACGCCGCCGCGGCGAACCCGACUACCCCUCAGCCCCGACCGGUUCCACCUUCCUCCUCUGA